AUGCCGGUUACAACACGUGCUGCUGCUUUCAAAUCUGGAAUUAAGAAGGACAAUAUGGCUUCAGCUAGAGUCUCCAUUAAGAAAAAAGGACGAUCACGGUCACGGAAACAACAACAAACAAAAACGCAGGAAGAACCGCUACCGGCGACUCUUGUUGCGUCUGAAGUACGUCCUGUCGUGGAGCAACACUCAACAGAUCAAAUAGUUCUUCAUCUUGACAAUGACAACAGCAAGAAGAAUGAUACGAUGGAUACAUCGAUUGAAAGCCUAUUUUUCGAUCAAGAAAUCAUGUCGUCAACAAUAAAUGAAGAAAAGGAUCCUCAAACAACUUCAACAACAUCGGAAACUGGAGCAACCGCUGUACCAAUUGUAUCAAGGGUGUCACUGGAUAGCGAUGAUGAUGAUGCCAUCAGUAAACCGGUUGUUGGCGGCGAAAUUACAUGUGGUACAUCGACGCGAGAUGGUGAAAUGAUUUAUAUGAACGAAACAAAAGAUUGUAUUGGGUGGCGUUGUGUGAGACGGAAUGAAAAUUGCAAAGCGGUAAUAUACACUUUCAAGAGUAAUGGUCUGUUCAGUCAUUGGAAUGGAAAAUUCCACUGCCAUGCAAUCGAUUUGGCUGACACAAGAAGACGGGAAAUUGUAUCGAAGAUAAAGCAUCGUGUCCUGGACGAGUUUGCUCCGAUCAAAGUGAUAAUAGAAGAAGAAUACAGAAAGGCAAAGUUGUCCGAUGAAGAAAAACGAGCAAUGCCACUGCCAACACAAAUUGAGUCUGGUCUUCAAAAAUAUCGCCGAAAAGCACUUCCACCAAUACCUACUGAUCAGAAAUUCCUCAUACCUGAUGAUUACAAACAAACAUAUGGCAAUGGCAUUCCUGUCUGUUUUGCUCUUACAUCGAACAGACGAGAUGAAACAUAUGCAGCUAUAUUUCGGUGUCUGCACAAAACAGCAGCCAAAAUGAAUCUUGAUUUCAAACCGACUACUAUCGCAAAUUAUCGCAACAUACAAAAGCUCGGCCUGAUGACGUUAUAUGAUGAUGAUGUUGAGGCACGCGAAUUAUUACGCAGUUUUAUGGCAUUAGCGUUGCUACCGAUUGGUUGGAUUUUCGAAGGUUUCGAACUCUUGAAACACAAAAUUCUUUCGUCUGAGUGGCAAAACAGACGAUUUUCUUCAAGUGUUGUUCAACCUCAUCCGAAUUUAUGGAGGUUCAUUCAAUGCCUGAAACAGGAGGAGGCUGUUAUUUCUCACCGCAUGAUACAAACCGGAUCAGGAUUUUCUUCUUUAAAAGAAACGAAAUCAACACGGAAAGCAGCAAAGAAAACUAAACAAAUCGACAAAUUAUUGAAACUUUUGGAAUCGAAAGCAAGAUCUUUAUCGGAUACGAUUUCAUCAUUGUCUCAUUUAGUUGGUGAACCAGUUGGAGUUGGACGAAGAGCGAAAAAGAAAAAGCAUAAUGUUACACAUUCUGAUGCCUCAGAUACAUCAAUAGCGUCAUAUCAUGAUUAUAUUCUUUUGUGAUGUAUUUUCUAUUCACACUUUUUUUAUUCCCCUGUUUGACAAGUAACGGUUAUAUUUGAACAGAUCCUUGUGAUUAAAUAUCACGGAAUAAUCUCAGUUUUAGUCAACAUCUAUUGCUUGAACUAAUAUUUUCUCAUAACGAUCGGCGAAAGUCUUAUUGGCGAGAUUCGGAAAUCCCGAAACAAACC